GUUUUGAAUCGCACACAACCAGGAAAAUUCGUCUGUCAAUCACAGCUUCAAAAUCAUGUUUGCAAUCAGACAGUUAUCGAGAUCUGCGUUUGGUUUCGCCGCUAGGCAGACAGAGAAGGCCAUUGUGACUCAGAUGUCACGAUGCACAUACGUGACACACCCGCGAGCCUGUUUUUCAACUUGUAAAGACGAGGGGUCUGAUCCCUCCAAGGUACCGAACUCCUUCUGGGAGAAGAAGCUUACUCCCGAACAGUACAAUGUCACAAGGGAAAAGGGCACCGAACCGCCUUUCACCGGAAAGUUUGUGUACCACAACGAUAAGGGGACUUACACGUGUGUGUGCUGCGAAUCAACGCUAUUCAGCUCGUCCACCAAGUUUGAUUCGGGGACAGGCUGGCCCUCAUUUAGCGACGCCUACCACGCAGACGAACACAGUAACGUCAUCUGUCGGUCUGACCUCAGUUACGGCAUGGUGAGGACAGAGGCAUUGUGUAAACAGUGUAACGCCCACCUGGGUCACGUGUUCGAGGACGGUCCUAAGCCCACCGGUCUGCGGUACUGCAUCAACAGCGCGUCUCUCAGCUUCAAGAAAACCACGUGAUAUGCCAUGUGAUAAAACCACACAUGCACCAUAUCACCGAACAAGGACACAAUAUAUUAACUGACGUUUUGAUGUCUGUAUAUAAUCUGAGAAACAGCUUUAUGGUGAACGUUUAUUGUAUUCUAGUCUAUUUUCAUUGACGAAAUUGACUGCAUUUAAUUAAUUAUCACAAACGAUUGAUGCUGAAGUUGAAUGCAUGUAUAUUUUUCCAAACGGGAUAUGAUCGUUAGUAUUUGUUCCGAUGUGUAACUAUGUGAGAUAUUUGCAUGCCAUUUAUGGUUUGUUCUUAAAAGAGGCUAGUAUCGUUUCAGUUGUAAAUCUGUAUGAAAUGAGCAUAACACACACCCUUAAAAUACUAAUAAUCUUUUAAUCAAUACUGAGAUUAUCAUACGAGCACGUGUGUCAUUCUGAUUUUACAAAACGAGUGAUCGAGUUCUAGUGUUUCGGUCUUUACUCUUGUCUGGGCAAGACACUGCAGUGAUGGCAAUGGUGUUUUCCUGUAUAUAACCCACGUGACUCGACAGUGAAAUGAGGGUGAGUGAGGUUGGUUUUACGCCACCUUUAGCAAUAUUCCUGCAAUAUCACCGCGCGGGACACCAGAAAUGUACACUGUAUACUUUCAUAUGGCUAUAGUUAAUCUGUCAUGACACUGCAGUAAUAUUAGUCCCCACAGGUACAAUGUGUGAAGCCCAUUUCUGGUGGCCCUGAUGUUAUUGGAAUGUUGCUAAAAGCGGCGUAAAACCAUACUCACUCACUCACACACUAUGGUAAUAUUAAAUAUGAUCGGCUGUUCUUAAACCUCGUUUGAGUAGUAUGUGUGGAGAGAUCUGAGUUGAAUGCAGAUGGUUGAUAUUUGAUGGUAUUUGUUGUUCUGAUGAUAUGAUAAUGUGUUCAAGAAGUGUUUCCAAUCAUGAAUUAUGUCUUCAAGAAACCUGCAAUAUACAAACUAAUUACAUAUUACUUUAUCGGGUUACAGUUUCACCUUUGAGGCAGUGUAUAAAAUAGUUUUGAAAUGUCGCCUGUCCAAAAAAGUGACCAGUCCCGAACAAACACAGCCAGUCCCAUAAACUGAAACAAUGAAAAAUAAUGAAGUUUAUUUUUUCAAAUGUUUCCCCCGACCAAAGGACGACCUUUCUUUUUUAAUAAACCGUCCUUCACAAAAACAGACUCUCAAGGACGGUGGGGCGGGCUAUAUUUCCUAGCUGCUUGAGGUCAUAAUUAGUGUCGAGUUGUUUUACCAUUUUGAAGAAUCCACAUGAUUUUAUUCCUCGUUUUGUUUCGGUUAUAUUUUCACCUUGCUUUGGGCGCAAACAGUUCAUGUUUUAUGCUUUGUGAUUAAAAUGAAUAUCAUAUUA